AUGAAUUCGACAAUGUUGGAUUGUUUGAUAAAACAAGUUGUGAGUAAACUACAUGAACCUGUAGUCGACAGUGAAUCGCUUAAUCAAUGGAAAACAGAAUUGUUUACUUUAAUUAACUCAAUUAGUGAGUUCAAAUUAUCAUUUCGUUCAAAAGAUACUGAAAAAAGCUUGUCUUUGGAUCCUGAUGAUUGGCGGGCAGCUCGAUACUUGACACAUAAGAUGCUUGAUUCGUCAUUAGACUACAUUCAAUAUAUACGUAAUCGUCCUAUUCGACAAUGGGCUUCAAGUGAUAUUCGAACUCUACUUGAAGAUGAACCAUUUCCUGAGCAAGGACAAACAUUGGCAUCUGUUUGUGAUGAUAUAUUAGAAUAUGUAAUACCUUAUGCUAGAGGUAAUGCACAUCCUCGAUUUUGGGCUUGGGUAGUCGGGGAAGGUACAUUGAGUGGUAUCAUAGGUGAAACGAUUGCAGCAUCAUUAAAUAUGAAUGUUUGUGAUACUGAUCAUAGUGGUGCGUUUAUUGAGAAAGCUGUUAUUAAAUGGAUGUGCCAAUUAUUUAACUUUCCAAAAGAGACUACCAGAGGUCUACUAGUUACUGGAACAUCGAUGGCAACAAUUAUCAGUAUGGCUGUAGCUCGCCAGCGAAUUUUACCUAAUGUUAGGCAAGAUGGAAUGAUGAGUGGAUAUCAACUGAUUGUUUAUGCAUCUACUGAAACACAUACAUGUGUUGUCAAAGCCUUAGAAUUGCUUGGUUUGGGUUCAAAAGCAUUACAUCUUAUAUCAGUUGAUGAAUCUUUUCGUAUAAAUACCUUAGAAUUAAGAACAGCUAUUCAAAAUGAUCGAAGCAAUGGUUUAAUCCCAUUUUGUAUUGUUGGAAAUGCAGGAACGGUCAAUGUGGGUGCUUUCGAUAAUCUUUCUGAACUAUCAUCAAUUGCGCGUGCUGAAAAUCUUUGGUUUCAUAUUGAUGGAGCUUUAGGCAGUUUUGUUGUACUUGAUCAUGAACGUCGUCAUCUUGUUAAUGGUAUCGAUCAAGCUGAUUCACUUGCAUUUGAUUUUCAUAAAUGGUUUCAUUGUCCUCACGAUGUUGGUUGCAUACUCAUUCGUAAUGGUGAUCUAUUGAGAUCAACAUUUACUUUACAUCAAUCAUAUUUGAAUCGAACUAUACGAGCCUUUCCUGAUGAUGAUAUCUGGUUUUGUGAUUUAGGUCCUGAACUUUCACGUUCAUUUCGUGCUUUAAAAGUUUGGUGUACACUCAAAGAACAUGGUACCGUAAGAUUAGGUCAAAAAAUUGCUGAAAACUGUGAGCAAAUUCAGUAUUUGGUAUCAUUACUUGAUAAACAUUCACGUAUAAUCUAUAUCUUUCGUCCUAUCUUACUCAAUAUUGUUAAUUUUCGAUUUGAACCUGAAGAAUUUGGUAAAAAUGAUCAAGCAAGGAUUGAUAUGUUCAAUAAGGAACUUGUUCUCGAUAUUCAACUGUCAGGAAUUGCAUUUCUAUCAACAACACGUAUUCAUGAUCGUCUUUAUAUACGUAUGUGUAUUGUUAGUCAUCGAACUACUGUCAAAGAUUUGGAUUUAUUUAUGGAAACUCUUUUCAACUUCUAUCAAGAAAAAAUAAAAAACUUAUCAUUCAACAGAAAAUAA